AUGGGUGAUGUGAAGAAUUACCUCUACGCAUGGUGCGGGAAGAGAAGAGUAACGCCGGCCUACGAGAUCCGCGCCAGCGGCGGGCGCAGCCGGCAAACCUUCCUUUGCGAGGUUCGAGUAGAAGGCUUUAACUAUGUUGGCAUGGGCAACUCCACGAACAAGAAAGAUGCACAGACCAAUGCUGCUCGAGACUUUGUCAAUUACUUAGUUCGGGUGAAUGAAAUGAAGAAAGAGGAAAUUCCAUCUUUUGGACCAGCAGUGGGUGAUAUCCCCGAUGGAGGAUAUGAAAUAGAUAGAGAUGUUACUGGUUCCAGUUCUACUUUGGGUGGCCCUCUUCCUCCACAUUUGCUUAUAGAGGCUGAAAUAGGUAAUGGCCCAGGUGGAGCACCUGGAAACUGCGACAGUCGUGGAGCUCAGUGGGAUCGAGGUGCAAAUUUGCAAGAUUAUUAUUCAAAGAAAGAUGAGCAAGAAGCACAGACCUCAGAAUCAGAAGUGGACUUAAAUGCUGAUCUUCAUGGGAGCUGGACCUUGGACAAUGCCAAGGCACGCCUGAAUCAGUUUUUCCAAAAGGAGAAGAUUCAGGAAGAAUAUAAAUACACUGAAAUGGGGCCUGAUCACAACAGGAGCUUUGUUGCAGAAAUGAACAUUUAUGUGAAGCAGUUGGGCAGAAGGAUUUUCAGUCGUGAGCAUGGAUCAAACAAGAAGUUGGCAGCACAGUCCUGUGCCCUUUCCUUGGUUAGACAGCUCUACCAUCUUGGUGUUAUAGAACCUUAUUCUGGGCAGACAAAGAAAAAGGGAGAAUCGGUGGAACCCUACGAGGUGUCGCUGUCUCCUGACUUAGAAAAUCAGUUGCAAAAGACUGUACAGGAGCUGUCUCUGGAGAUUGUGCCUUUGCCUGAAGAUCCCAGUAAUCCUGUUCCGAUAAAUGUUGGAAAGUUAGCCCAUUUUGAACCAUCACAAAGACAGAGUCAUUUGGGAGUUGUUCCAUGGUCACCACCUCAUUCCAACUGGAACCCUUGGACCAGCUGCAAUAUUGAUGAGGGUCCUCUGGCAAACCUCACUCCAGAGCAAAUAAGCAUGGAUUUGAAAAGUGAUUUCCUGUACCGUUUGGAGCAAGAUCCAGAAUUACAAAAGAUCCAACAAGAGAGAGAGGACUUACCUGUAAAGAAUUUUGAAAGUGAAAUUCUAGAUGCAGUCCAUCACAAUUCAGUUGUUGUAAUUCGUGGGGCCACUGGUUGUGGCAAAACCACACAAGUGCCACAGUACAUCCUGGAUGAAUACAUCAGAACCAACAGAGCUGCAGAGUGCAACAUAGUUGUGACACAGCCUCGGAGGAUUAGUGCGGUUUCUGUCGCAGAGCGUGUGUCAUAUGAGAGAGGAGAACAACCUGGGCAAAGUUGUGGAUAUAGCGUGCGAUUUGAAUCUGUGCUUCCUCGGCCACAUGCCAGUGUGCUCUUCUGCACCGUAGGUGUUCUUCUGAGAAAGGUGGAGGCUGGGAUCCGUGGCAUUAGUCAUGUUAUUGUUGAUGAGAUCCAUGAGAGAGACAUUAAUACUGAUUUUCUUCUGGUGGUGCUGAGAGAUGUAAUUCAGGCAUAUCCUGAAAUCAGGGUUAUCCUUAUGUCUGCUACCAUCGACACUAGUAUGUUUUGUGAAUACUUCUUCAACUGUCCAAUCAUUGAGGUCUUUGGCAGAACCUUUCCUGUCCAAGAUUAUUUUCUAGAAGAUUGCAUUCAAAUGACUCAGUUCAUUCCUCCACCAAAGGAAAAGAAGAAGAAAGAGAAGGAUGAAGAAAGUCCUGAAGAUGAUGAUACCAAUUGCAACCUUAUUUGCAGUGAUGAAUAUGGCCCAGAAACAAAGCAUGCCAUGGCUCAGCUGAAUGAAAAAGAAACUUCUUUUGAACUCAUUGAAGCCCUGCUAAUUUAUAUCAGGACUCUGAAUGUCCCAGGAGCUGUACUUGUUUUCUUGCCUGGCUGGAACUUGAUAUAUACAAUGCAGAAGCAUCUAGAAAUGAAUCCACGCUUUGGAGGUAACCAGUAUAGGAUUUUACCUCUGCAUUCGCAAAUUCCUCUGGAGGAGCAACGUCGAGUGUUUGAUCCCGUGCCUGCUGGAGUAAUGAAAGUUAUUUUAUCUACCAGCAUUGCCGAGACUAGCAUUACCAUCAAUGAUGUGGUCUAUGUUAUAGACUCCUGCAAACAAAAAGUGAAGCUGUUCACUGCUCAUAAUAACAUGACAAAUUAUGCCACAGUCUGGGCAUCAAAAACUAAUUUGGAGCAGAGGAAAGGAAGAGCUGGACGUGUGCGUGCUGGGUUUUGUUUCUAUUUGUGCAGCAGAGCUCGCUUUGAAAGACUUCAGACCCAUAUGACACCCGAAAUGUUUCGAACACCACUUCAUGAAAUUGCUUUGAGCAUCAAAUUGCUGCGUCUGGGAGGAAUUGGUCAGUUUUUGGCCAAAGCAAUAGAACCACCACCUUUGGAUGCAGUGAUUGAAGCAGAACGCACACUAAGAGAGCUUGAUGCCCUGGAUUCCAAUGAUGAGUUGACACCUCUUGGAAGAAUCCUAGCCAAACUUCCCAUUGAACCUCGUCUUGGCAAGAUGAUGAUAAUGGGCUGUAUUUUUUAUGUGGGGGAUGCUGUUUGUACCAUCUCUGCAGCUACCUGUUUCCCUGAACCUUUUAUCUGUGAAGGCAAACGUCUGGGUUACGUCCAUAGGAAUUUUGCUGGGAGCAGGUUUUCAGAUCAUGUUGCUUUGCUCUCCGUCUUCCAAGCCUGGGAUGAUGCAAGAAUGGGUGGUGAAGAAGCAGAAAAAAGAUUUUGUGAACACAAAAGACUCAGCAUGGCUACUCUUAGAAUGACUUGGGAAGCAAAAGUCCAGCUGAAAGAUAUACUUAUCAGUUCUGGCUUCCCUGAAGAAUGUUUGAUGACUCAACCAUUUAACAACACUGGACCGGAUAAUAAUCUGGAUGUUGUAAUCUCUCUGCUUGCAUUUGGGGUCUACCCCAAUGUCUGCUACCACAAGGAGAAGAGAAAAAUUCUUACCACUGAGGGGCAUAGUGCACUCAUCCACAAGUCAUCUGUCAACUGCCCUUUCAGCAGCCAGGAAAUCAAGUAUCCAUCGCCUUUUUUUGUUUUUGGAGAAAAGAUUCGAACACGAGCUAUCUCUGCCAAAGCAAUGACCUUGGUGAGCCCGCUGCAGCUGCUUCUCUUUGCCUCCAAGAAAGUCCUGUCUGAUGGGGAGCUCAUUCUGGUAGAUGACUGGAUCAAGCUGAAGAUGUCCCACAAUGCAGCUGCCUGCAUCACUGCUCUGCGUGCUGCAAUGGAAGCUCUUGUUGUGGAAGUGACUAAGAAUCCUGAGAUGAUUCGGCAGCUGGACCCAGCAUAUGAGCGAAUGCUGAAUAUGAUCCGUCAGAUCUCCAGGCCGUCAGCCGCAGGCAUUGGUCUUAUGGCUGCCAAUGCAAGGUAUGGCGAUGGUCCUCGGCCCCCCAAAAUGGGUCGCUAUGACAAUGGAGGUGGCUUCAGAAGCUGGGGAGGUUACCCACAUGGCUCUGGCUACAGGGGUAGAGGGUACCAUGGCUACAGCUACUCUGGCAGGUGCUCAGGAGGAAGAGGAUACCAAGGUAGCUCAGGGAGAGGCUACGGCGGUGGGGGUGGCUAUCGAGGAGGAGGCUAUCGAGGAGCAGGUGGUGGCUAUAGAGGAGGCUAUGGGGAUUCGGGGAGGGGUGGGUGGUAGUUAAAGAAUCUCAGAGGAGUUUUUCCACUUUGACCGCAGUUCCCCUCCUGUAUUCCUUUCUUGCUCAUCCCAGUUUGUUUGCCAUUUCAGUUUCUUAGUACAAGUAUAGCUCUGUAAUAUAUCCUACCGUUAAGAAAUUUACUGCAAGAUGUAUGAUUUAGUUCUCAAUAAAACAUUUGUUUUGAAGACUUAUAUGCUAUAUGUUGAAUUUUAUAUUCUGAUUUAGAUUUCGGAGUUGUUCUGAUGUUAGUUUUGUUUGUAGAAGGUGAAAGGUAUUCUGAGGAAACCUUUUCGGUGUCUAAAACCAUUCUCUGCCAAAUUUCAAAUUACAGAACUUUGGCUCAGUGGGGGUUUUUCUUUGUUAUUUAAUAAACUGUGCAAACUGGC